GUCAAGAUCAAGUAGGUAGGUAGACUAUAGGUACUAAACAUUUGAAAAUUAUAUAUCAACAAUACGUAUUUAUCUAGUUAUGAAAAGGUUAUUCCAGUUAGAUUAUUUGUUUAUUCAUAAAUUACAUUACAGUAAAGGAGUUGUCCACAAGAGAGUUCGCAGUAAAAUGGAUCUAAAUUUAAAAUGUAGAGAUGAUCCAGUAGUUUUAAAAUUGGAUACUCCAGAAUUCCGAAAUAUUUUUACUCAAGAAGUAAUGGAUCUGAAAAAGAUAUUUGACAAAUACAACUUUGAAAUACGAAUAGCGGGUGGAGCUGUUAGGGAUUUAUUAUUGGGACAAGCAGCAAAAGAUUUGGAUUUUGCUACCACAGCUACUCCAGAGGAAAUGAAAAACAUAUUUACAGAGGAAAAUAUUAGAAUGAUCAAUAUGAGUGGUGAAAAGCAUGGAACAAUUACUCCACGGAUCAAUGAUAAGGAAAACUUUGAGGUGACAACACUGAGGGUUGAUUUGGUAACUGAUGGCCGUCAUGCAGAAGUUGAAUUUACCAAAGACUGGAAACUUGAUGCUAACAGAAGAGAUCUUACAAUAAACUCAAUGUUUUUAGGUUUUGAUGGAUCAGUCUAUGAUUAUUUCUUUGGAUAUGAUGAUUUAAUGAAAAGAAGAAUAGCUUUUGUUGGUGAUGCUGAUGUAAGAAUCAAGGAAGAUUUUCUUAGAAUAAUGAGGUAUUUCCGGUUCUAUGGGCGCAUUGCAGACACACCAGAUAAUCAUGAAGAAGCAACUCUUAAAAUUAUUAAGAAUAAUGUACAAGGCCUUAGCAAUGUAUCAGGUGAAAGAAUUUGGAUGGAAUUGAAAAAAAUAUUGCAAGGAAAUUAUGCUGGAGAUUUAUUGAAAACAAUGUUGAGUGUUGGUGUUGGAGAAUAUAUAGGUAUACCUAGGCCAAAUAUAACAGAGUUAGAGAGUUUGCUUAAGCGAAGUUCUCAUCUUAAAUUGCAUCCCAUGAGCUAUUUAGCAGCUCUAUUAACAAACCUUGAUGAUGUGACUCUUCUUCAUACUAGACUCAAGUUUUCUGCAUUUGAUAGAGACAUGACUUAUUUUAUUGUUGAACAUAGAGGAGAGAAAGAAUCAUCAAAGCCAUUACAGCCCUAUCAGAGGUUAAUCUUGAAUUCAAAAAUUAAACAAAAGGACAGUAUAGAUUAUGUCAAAGAAGUUUUAAAGUAUAGGGGAGAUGAAGUUCUGCUAGAGCAGUUAUGUAACUGGCAAAUUCCAAUAUUCCCAGUGAAUGGAAAAACCUUAAGAGACAAUGGAGUACCACCAGGAAAAUUAUAUGGAAAAAUUCUAUCAAAAUUAAAAGAUAUCUGGAUAGACAAUGAUUAUAAACAAAAUUGUGGAGACCUGGUGAAAUAUUUACCAGAUAUUAUCAAUAAAACCAAAUAAAGUCACAUUAAAAUUACAAAUA